AUAUCCCACUGUUUCCACUUUCCAUAUAUCGAUCAGUAGUUGCGAAAAUGUCAAUAAAUCAGUACUACCCUUCAGACUGGUGGUCAUAUCCGAUCCCCAAUUCUGCCGCCGCCGCCCCUCUUCAUCUCAACCACGGCACCUCCGCCGCCGCGUUCUGCAGCCAGAGCGCGGCUUUCUGCUAUAGCCACAACAACAAUGAAACCGAAGAAGAAUCACCGGAAGAAACCAACAGUACCGCGUCACGGCCGCCGGAAUUGGGCCAACAUGAAGUAGUGGAUGAAAUACCGAAAGAGCCCUUGUUCGAGAAAUCACUUACCCCCAGCGACGUCGGAAAACUCAACCGCCUCGUCAUACCCAAGCAACACGCCGAGAAGUAUCUCCCGUUGAACAACGGCGGCGGAAGCGGAGGAGGAGACACAGGCGAGAAGGGCUUAGUAUUGAGCUUCGAGGAUGAGGUCGGAAAAUCGUGGAGAUUCCGGUACUCAUACUGGAACAGCAGCCAGAGCUACGUCUUGACGAGAGGGUGGAGCCGCUUCGUCAAGGAGAAAAGGCUCGACGCCGGCGAUGCUGUUCUCUUCCUCCGCCACCCAGAGGAUGUCGGCCGUCUGUUUAUAGGGUGGAGGCGGAGAAAUUCGGGCGGCGGCGGCGGAGGAGGACAAGAGAUCAGUAGCGUUGCUAGUGCUAGUGCUAAUGUUAGGCGGACACCACCUGCCGGCGGCGGCGGUGGCGGGUGGAGCCGGUUAGUUUAUAAUAAUCCGGCGGGGCAUCCUUAUCUAAUAAGCCAAUAUUAUCAAGACUACUGUUCUUCUUCUCUCUCUUACCAUUACCAACCACCAAACGAUUGUCCUCAUGCAGCAGAUGCAGAUCGGAAGGAAACAGCAGCAGCAAGUGGGAAUUUAAAGAGGGUGAGAUUAUUUGGUGUGAAUUUAGAUCAGUGGGAGUCGUCGUCGUCCGAGCCACUAUCGAGCCCAGAGGGUUCGAGCAUGGCUCGAACCCAUUACCACCCAUAUCACGACUAGCUAUAUAUAUUUGAUCACAUGGAGGAACUACGAGAUCAAUUUUCAUCGGCAAGGAUAAGAUCUAGGCGACGAUGACGUGGCAUUUUCUCAUUAUAUAUAUAUAAAGAAAAAUACCAUGUAUUCUCUUUUUCUUUUUUUUUCUUUUUUUUUUUAAUUAUAAUUUUUUGUUCUUCUUCUCAAUAUCACGUUUAAUUUAUUUUAAUUAUUUAUUGAGAAAAUACCUUAUUUCUUAGGAAA